GAGCUUCCGCUUCCGUCUUGUGUACUUCCGGAAGGAAUAUCGUCAACAAGCGUUAGCUAAAAGACUUUUAACCUCGACUUGCAGUCGUUAGAUGAGCAGUGAUGGGGAAGUCUUUUGCGAAUUUUAUGUGUAAAAAGGAUUUCCAUCCUGCGUCGAAGUCUAAUAUCAAAAAGGUAUGGAUACAAGAGCAGAAGUUGACUUUCGAGAAGCGAAAGCAGGAGGACCUGAUGCAGGCGUACCUGAAGGAGCAGGACACAUACAACAACAGAGUGUUGAUGGGGGAUGACCGUGUUAAAAAUGGCCUCAAUUUCAUGUAUGAGGCUCCACCGGGAGCAAAGAAAGAAGAGAAGGCAGAGGAGGGAGGAGCAGGAGGAGAAGAAGACUAUAAAUUUGAAUGGCAGAAGGGGGCUCCAAGAGAAAAAUAUGCAAAGGACGACAUGAAUAUCAGAGAUCAGCCCUUUGGAAUCCAGGUGCGCAACGUGCGCUGCAUCAAAUGUCACAAGUGGGGCCAUGUCAACACGGACAGAGAAUGCCCUCUGUUUGGACUGUCAGGCAUCAACGCCAGCUCUAUGGCGAUGGAGGAGGGGGCAGGUCCGUCGAUGCACCCCUCUGCGCUAAUGGCGGAGAUGCGUAACAGUGGGUUUGCCCUGAAGAAAUGUGUCCUUGAUCGGAAUGCCACCGCUUGUGAUCCAGUGCAGGACUUUGUCGCAAGUGAUCAAGAAGAAGAUCCAGAGGUGGAAUUUUUAAAAUCCCUAUCAACUAAACAAAAACGGAAACUCCUCAGGAAGCUGGAUCGUCUGGAAAAGCAAAAGUCCAAGAAGAAGAAGAGUAAAAAAGAAAAGAAGAAGAGCAAGAAGAAGCAGAAGAAGAAGCGCGACAGCAGUGACAGUUCCAGCAGCAGCAGCAGCAGCGACUCAUCCCACGGCUCCAGCGACUCCGACUCGGACAACCGCGACAACUUGAAGAGCCAGAAGGGAAACAGGAGCAAGAAGAAGGCGGCGUCCCACAGGGAUGAAAGCUCCGAGAGGCGAGACAAGAGUCACAGAAAGUCUUCUCGCAGGAGUCGAUCGGCGAGCCCUCACACAUCAUCACGCAAGCGGCCUCAAGCGGCAUCUGGAGAACAUCAACAAACACGGGGCGAGAGAGGAAGGAGUCCAGAGAGCAAGAAGAAGGCGCCAGACAGAAGUCAGGACAGAAAGCGAGAUCGGAGCAGGAGCGACCAGCGAAGCAGGGAGCGGCAUCACAGAGCAGAUGCCGACGGGAGGCGAGGAAGGACGGCGGAUGAGAGGAGUAGAAGCAGGGAGCGAGCAGGAAGUGGACGAAGCCACGACAGGACCCAAAGAAAACACUAACUGCUUUUUCCCUUAAAUCUCAGUUGAUUUUUUUUUCUUUUAAAAGUCUCUCAAGUGGUGUUCAAUCACCCUUGUUGAGCGGCAUGCAUGUCUUUUUAUCGCCAGUAGAGGGCGUCAGUGGACAAAGUAUUUAACCCAAAACACCAUCGGCAGCAAUCUGAAGCCUUGAGCCGCUCAAAGAAAACAUUUCGAUGGACAUUUCGAGAAAAAACCUUUCAGCUCCAGUCGUCAUGUGUGUAUAUAUGUAUACAGUAUGUAUACGCAUAAUAAACAAAAUACCUAAGCUUUCA